AUGUCCGACACAGAGGACCUCGCGGCACUCAAACGACAACGCGCCGUGAUCAAAGCAUCUUGCAUGCGAACCAAAAAUUAUGUCGACGCAAUUUCCGCCGUUGAUUCCGCGACGAUAGCUCAACUCGCGGAACGCAAACUAAAGCUCGAGCAGCAUUGGGCGGAAUAUAAUACCGUUCAAGCAAAAAUAGAAGGUCAGGGGGGCGCCGAGGAUGAUGAUCGGAAAGCGUUCGAUGAAGCGUUUUUCUCAAUAUUCGCCAAAAUCCGGGAGAGGUUAAGUUUGCAAGGACCAUCGCGCACAGUCGCUGCCUCCCCGGCUGCGUCUGAAACAUCAGAAGCCACUUCUCGCUAUCUAAAGGCUUCCCUCUCGGGCGAGGCCGGUACCGUGAUUAGCUCCCUCGAAAUAUCGGACGCGAAUUACAACGCGGCGUGGAGUCUUCUCAAAGAGCGGUACGAUAACAAGCGGGUAAUCGUACAAAAUCAUAUCAAGGCCAUUCUAGAACUGCCUUCAAUGAACAAGGAAAAUCACAUUGAGUUAAGACAAAUCGCGGGUGGCGCAACAAAACAUCUGCACGCGUUACAAGCUCUAAAGCGCCCUACCGAGCAUUGGGACGACAUCUUAAUACACGUGCUCUGCACGAAAAUCGACACUCUCACGCUACGAGAAUGGCAAUCCUCUCUCUCGGGUAGUGAAUUACCGACAUCAAAACAAUUCUUUGAGUUCAUAACGCGCCAAUGUCAGAUGCUUGAAGCCACCAACAAAUCUAACAGCACCGCGAACACAAAAGGUAAUCCUGCCCAAUCGAAUGUCAAGCGCCAAGCAGCGUGUGCCGCUACCGUCAAACUGAAAUGCAACUACUGUAAAGGUGAACAUUCCAUUUAUUACUGCAAGGAUUUCUUAGCGCUUCAGGUUCCUCAAAGAAUUGCUGAAAUGCGCUCUCGAAAAUUUUGUCUGAACUGUCUGCGUUCCAGCACUCACAUCUCAAACAAAUACACUUCCGGAGGUUGUAAGGUCUGCCAGGCAAAACACAACACGUUACUUCACAUAGCAACGGCCCCGCAGCAAGCGCCCGCCACUGCUGGUCCUUUGGGAAAGAACAGCGAUACUUCAAAAUCUAGUGACAUCUCAUCCGUGGCAACGACGCACGCCACCGGAGGCGAGGGCAACGUCAUCUUGUCAACAGCUAUAGCUCAGGCGCGCGAUCAUCAGGGCGUGCUACGACCUUGUCGCAUUCUAUUGGAUUGUGGAUCUCAGGCGAACUUUAUAUCACAAGGAUGUCUGACCAGACUCGGCCUCGUUCCCCGAUCACUAAGCGUAACCAUAUCGGGCGUAAAUGGAACGGUCGCAACAGCCACGCAAGCAGUAAAAAUCGAACCACAUCAGCGACAGACUUCCUGUCACAUCAAUGAGACGAAAGGAAUUUGUCUCUCACGAAACAUCAAACUAGCGGAUCCACAAUUCCACAUUUCCUCUGAGAUCGACCUCCUAAUUGGUGCCGAAAUAUUUUGGGAUCUUCUGUGCGUAGGGCAAAUACCAUCGGCACCUUGGCACCCGAAGUUGCAAAAAACGAGGCUUGGAUGGAUUCUAGCGGGACGAAUGACUGACUCAAAAUCUCCACCAAGGGUACAUUCUUUCCACGCAUCUAUCACCAAUGAACAGCUACACGAUCAACACGAUCAGCUAAGUCGAUUCUGGCAAUUGGACGAUGGAAUAAAUAACUCUGAAAACUUGACUCCCGAGGAAAAAUAUUGUGAGCAACAUUUCUUGGACAAUGUUUAUCAAAAUCCUCAAGGUCGAUAUGUGGUCAAGCUUCCCGUCAAGAAUCAAUUAAUCGACAAACUGGGAGAGUCUCGAAGCAUUGCAACGUCUCGUCUCAAGGGUCUCGAAAAACGAUUUAAGCGUCAGCCCGAAUUGAAAAGGGAGUACAACCAAUUCAUCAAGGAGUAUAUUUCGUUAGGUCACAUGCGAAAGAUGGAUUCACCGCCAGAUGAAAGUGCGCCAUUCUUCUAUCUGCCGCAUCACUGCGUUUUUAAAGUCAGCAAUCAAACAUCCAAGAUUCGCGUCGUAUUUGACGCCUCAUGCAAGACCGCCGAGGGCUUAUCCCUGAAUGAUGCCCUUAUGGUGGGACCGGUCGUACCGCCAGAACUGACCGCCAUACUUAUCCGCUUUCGAUUCUUCACCUACGUGUUUAGCGCAGACGUGAUAAAAAUGUACAGGCAAGUACUAGUGGAUCCAUCUCAAACGCGCUUACAACGGAUUCUAUGGAGAGAUGAUCCUGACAACGACAUGGAUACCUACGAGUUGCUGACGAUAACAUACGGAACGUCAUCCGCUUCAUACUUGGCCAUCCGGACCCUUAAUCAUCACUCAGAUCAAUACGCAUCCAGAUACCCGAUAGGUUCGAGAGCCGUGAAACGCAGUGUUUAUGUCGACGACUUCUUGUCAGGAGCAGACACGCUACAGGAGGCUAUGGUACUUAGGGACGCGUUGAUAGAAUUAUUGAAGGUCGGUUCUUUCGAGCUCAGUAAAUGGGCGUCAAAUUGCCCAGAGCUCCUCCAAAACAUAAGGAAUCGCGAUGGCGAGUUAAUUGCUCUUCAUGAUGAGACAGAUUCAAGUAUACUGGGCAUUCAAUGGAAUCAGGUCGAGGACGCCUUACAUUUCGCAUAUGAUUCAACAUUCUCUAGCGGCACCGUAUCUAAACGUGCAAUCUUGUCAGAAGUUUCCAGGUUGUUUGACCCUCUGGGACUUCUCGGACCUGUCAUCGUAAUCGCCAAGCUAAUUCUUCAAAGCCUGUGGAAGGCCGGCAUCCAUUGGGACGAGUCCGUACCGCAGGAACUGCAUACAAGUUGGCUAAAACUCAAGUCUCAACUACCUGUUGUAAACCAGUUGCAAAUCACUAGGUGCGCCAAAUUCCAUCCAGACCCGCAGUUCGCACAAUUGCAUGGUUUUUGUGACGCGAGUCAAAACGCAUAUGGCGCGUGCAUCUAUGUUCGCACAAAACUGGAAACUGGGGAAUACCGUUCAGAAUUGCUGUGCUCUAAGUCACACGUGGCCUCCCUCAAGGCCGUGUCCCUACCGAGACUGGAGCUUUCGGCGGCGGUUCUGUUAGCCCAGCUGAUAACUAAGGUGAGAAACUCAUUGGACUCGCCGGUGCAGGCAUUUCUUUGGUCGAACUCUACAAUAACUUUGAACUGGAUAGCGUCAUCUUCGCGUAACUGGUCAGUAUUCGUGCCGAACAGGAUCGGAGAGGUGCAACGAUUGACUCAAAUCAGCGAUUGA